AUGACGUGGCAGUUCCAGGUCGGAUCACUAGCCAAGAAGUACUCAGUCUAUAUACCAGAUCUCCUCUUCUUCGGUGGUUACGGUGGCAUGGUGGCUUUCAAGAUCGUGGAAGAGUAUCCUGAGAUGGUUAGAGCCAUGGUGGUGUCAGGUUCGAUACUUGCGAUGACUGAUACGCUCAGUGAGUCAAAUUUGAACCGGAUAGGGUUUAAGUCGUCAGCGGAUCUCUUGUUACCAACUUCGGUUAAGGGACUCAAGACUCUCUUUGCUCUUGCUGUUCAUAAACCCAUGUGGUUCCCAAACCGGCUCUUUACGGAUUACCUAAAGGUGAUGAUUACCAACAGGAAUGAGAGAGCAGAAUUGUUAGAAGGUUUAGUCAUCAGCAACAAAGAUGUAACCAUCCCUCGUUUUCAAAAGAAGAUUCAUGUUUUGUGGGGUGAAAGUGAUCAAAUUUUUAAUCUUGAAAUGGCCAAGAACAUGAAAGAGCAACUAGGCGAAAAUGCAACAAUGGAUAUUAUUAAAAAGGCAGGUCACUUGGCACAUUUGGAGAGACCUUGUGUCUAUAACAGACGUCUCAAAAAGUUUCUUACUUCAGUUUACUCCGAAAACUAG